AUGUCCGGGGACUACGAGGAGGACGUUUGCCGCAGCGCGCUGCGCCUGGUGCACGAGCUCUGCUCGCCCCCCGCGCCCCGCCCGCCCCACGCCCGCUGCCUCGAGUUCACCGACCUGCUGCGGCACCGCGGGCACCCCCGGCCGGCCGAUACAGAGGUGUCGGUGUCGCUGCUCUCCGUCAUCGUCACCUUCUGUGGCCUGGUCCUGCUCGGCGUCUCCCUCUUCGUCUCCUGGAAGCUCUGCUGGGUCCCCUGGCGCCACAAGGGGGGUCCCGGGGGGGUCCCCCCGAGGAAAGACCCCCCCCAAGGCCUGGGGGGGGGUCCCCCCGAAUUUGGGGGGGACGGUGGGGGAGGGGCGGGGGGGCUGCCCAGCGUCCCCUCGCAGCAGCUCGGGGGGGGGAUGGGCGGCAGCUCGUCGCUGCCCCCGGUCCCCGAGGAGCCCCCUGCCCACCUGGGCCAGAUCCAGCCCGAGCUCUACGGCCCCGCCGGUGACCCCGAGCCGGGCGGUGCCCGGGGCGGUGGCCCCGGCGGUGGCCCCGGGGGCGGCCCCGGCGGCGUCCCCGCGUCCCCUCCGUGCGGCCGCCUCCAGGUGUCCCUGCGCUACUCGUACGGCUCCCAGCAGCUCCUGGUGCGCGUCCUGCGCGCCCGGGACCUGCCGGCCAAGGACUCCAACGGCUUCUCGGACCCCUACGUGAAGAUCUACCUGCUGCCCGACCGCAAGAAGAAGUUCCAGACCAAGGUGCUGAGGAGGACGCUGAACCCCGAGUGGGACGAGACCUUCAGCUUCGGGGUGCCCUUCGCCGAGCUGCCGGCGCGGCGGCUGCACUUCAGCGUCUACGACUUCGACCGCUUCUCGCGGCACGACCUCAUCGGGCAGGUGGUGAUGGACAACCUGCUGGAGGCGGCCGAGGCGCGGCCCGAGGUGGCCAUCUGGAAGGACAUCCAGGAGGGGACGGGGGAGAAGGCCGACCUGGGUGAGGUGAAUUUCUCCCUCUGUUACCUGCCCACGGCCGGGCGCCUCACGGUCACCGUCAUCCGCGCCUCCAACCUGCGCGCCAUGGACCUCACCGGCUACUCAGACCCCUACGUGAAGGCCUCGCUGAUGGCCGAGGGCCGGCGGCUGAAGAAGCGCAAGACGUCCAUCAAGAAGAACACGCUGAACCCCAACUACAACGAGGCGCUGGUGUUCGACGUGCCCCACGAGAGCGUGCACCACGUCAGCCUCACCAUCGCCGUCGUCGACUACGACUGCAUCGGGCACAACGAGGUGAUCGGGCUGUGCCGCGUGGGCAGCGACGCCGACGGCCCCGGCCGCGAGCACUGGGCGCAGAUGUUGGCGAACCCCCGCAAGCCCAUCGAGCACUGGCACACCCUGGUGGAGGAGAAGGCUCUGACCAAGGCGGCCCCGCGGGACAAAGCGGCCCCGGGAGAGGCCCUGGGCCCGCCCUGA